UGUUCAGUGUGGUGUGUUUGUGUGUAAAAUCCCUCCUGCCUUUCCCUCUGUGCUCAUCGGCGACACAAACGCCACCACACAUUUGGACCAAUCAUGUGCGGCACUCGUUUUUCAUUUCAAACAGCCGGAUCGUUCGCGAACGAGCCAUCACUACUCAUCGUCAAUCCACACGCAUGGAUGUGCUAGCCGGCCAAGGGAUGUCUCUGCCGGCUAUCCGUCUCCGGAGUCGGCCGGUGUCUCAGAAGAAGAUGAAAACGAGGAGGAAAAGGCGUAAGGAGUUUCUUCUAAUACAGAUAUGUUUGUUCGCCGGGUUGCUUCUCGUCGUCAAGGGAUGCUACUUCCUGGCAGGUGGUUCAGAUGUUGACGUAUCCAGCCACAGCACCAAUGACCAGGAGAGAUGGAAUGGAAGGAGGCUGCUGCAGAACACGGACAACGGUAGCACAGUGGACAUGGAGAUGGAAAAUAAUUGCACUUCUCCAGCUUUGCAAGAGUUCCCCGCAGACCUGUUCACCAACAGAGAGAGAACAGAAGGAGCGGUGGCCUUGCAUGUCCUGUGUACCAUUUACAUGUUCUGUGCUCUCGCUUUGGUCUGUGAUGACUACUUUGUCCCCUCCUUGGAGAAGAUAUGUGAGCGUCUCCAUCUAAGUGAGGACGUGGCAGGUGCAACCUUCAUGGCCGCUGGCAGCUCGGCUCCUGAGCUCUUCACAUCCAUCAUAGGGGUGUUCAUUACCAAAGGUGAUGUUGGUGUGGGGACCAUUGUGGGCUCAGCCGUCUUUAACAUACUCUGCAUUAUUGGUGUGUGUGGCUUCUUUGCAGGACAGGCUGUGAAGCUCUCUCAUUGGGCUGUUCUUCGUGAUUCUGUUUACUAUACCUUUUCUGUUAUCGCCCUCAUUGCGUUCAUCUAUGAUGAGAUGGUGUGCUGGUGGGAGUCUCUGGUCCUGGUUCUGAUGUAUGCUAUCUACAUCCUCAUCAUGAAGUUUAACAACAAGGUGCAGUGUUACCUCAACCAACACAAGAAGAGCUCGGUGAAGCUGGUCAAUGGCUUAACAGGAAGCGCUGACCUGGCAGAUGUGACUUGUGAUGCGACAGCAGUCCUGCUCAAGACAACUAACAUCCAAAGUAAGCCAUCCGUGGUGAUGGUGGAUGAGCUUCUGUCUGCAUACCCGCACCAACUGACUUUCUCCGAAGCUGGCAUGAGGAUCAUGAUCACCAGCCACUUCACCCCGAGAACCCGCCUCACCAUGGCCUCCCGGAUGCUUAUCAAUGAGAGACGAAGACUAAUCAACACCACAGAGACCCGGGUCAACUGCAUCACAAAUGGUGACUCUGAUUCAGUCGCCCAGGGAAGGUGGGGCUUGGAGAACGGCGUCAGCAGCGCCGAGCCAGGGUUUAACGGGAGGUGGACACUUGAGCGACUGGGGUCUGCAAUGGAGAAUGAAAGUGAGGAUAAUGAGAACAAUGGGAAUGACGGGGAGGGAGAGGCAGAUGAUGGGAACGAAGGACCGCUGGUGCCGUUCAAAGCUCCAGACGGUGUGUGUAACAAGCUGAAGUGGUUAACCAUGUGGCCAUUGUCCUUGCUUCUGUUCUUCACUGUGCCCAACUGUGCCAAACGGCGCUGGGAGAACUGGUUUUUGGUCUCCUUCUUCACUGCGACCAUCUGGAUUGCUGGUCUGUCUUACAUCAUGGUCUGGAUGGUGACCGUGAUUGGCUUCACUCUUGGCAUCCCUGAUGUCAUCAUGGGCAUCACCUUCCUGGCAGCAGGCACCAGUGUCCCAGACUGCAUGGCCAGUGUAAUAGUUGCUCGUCAGGGUCUGGGAGACAUGGCCAUCUCCAACUCCAUAGGCAGCAAUGUGUUUGACAUCCUAGUGGGCCUGGGCCUGCCUUGGGCACUGCAAACACUCUGCAUAGACUACGGCUCCAUCGUCCAUCUGAACAGCAGGGGACUCAUCUUCUCUGUCGGACUCUUACUGGCCUCAGUCUUCUUCACAGUCCUGGGAGUCCAUUUGAACAAAUGGACUCUGGACUGGAAAUUGGGCUUGGUGUGCCUGGUGAUGUACGCCAUCUUUCUCUGUUUCUCUGUCCUCAUCGAGUUCAACGUCUUCAUCUUUGUCAACCUUCCUAUGUGCCGAGACAUCCACUGACGUCUGGGCUUUCUACUCCUCUGUGGACGGGAGGAGGGAACGCACUUUGCUUUCUUCUUUGUCUUGGCACCGUCAGACAAAGCCGCACUUUCUCCCUUGAGGAAGAUUGCUUUGCCAGUGAUGUAUGGAUGAUGUAAUCCACGCCAAAGAGGACCAGAAGCUCUGGGGGUCCUGGACAGGACGCGUAAAAAUCAGCAGAGAUGACUUAUAAUUGUUUUUAUUACACCAAAGGUUUGGCAUAACUGAACUUAACUGGACUUCUGCUUGUGAAGACGCUGCUACUGUACUUAAACUGAUAUUUUACAAUGUGAAGUUUGGUCUGGUUCAUACUCUUUUGGAGUUUUAUAUUGACAUCCACACAUGCACAUAAAACCACCUCAUUAAGGUAUUCCUUAUGAAAAAAACAAACCUAUUUCUCGGUAUAUAUUAAAACCAAUAUUAGCAGAAAUACUCUUAUGCAAGGAUUGGAAGGCGUGGGGCCAUACUGCAGAUUUUGGUAUUGAUGCAAUACCAACUAAAUACAGGGCCAGUAUUGCAGAUACAGGUAUUUGUACUUUUUACUGAAAAAUGUUCAAAGUCAUUGAAUGAUUUUGUGAUUUUGCCUUUAAUUUGUUGAUCAUAAUUCAAAUUCUUAAUAAAACACAAGACACAAGAUUUUAGGCAAACAAAUAUUUUUUUUUUAGCAACGAACGUUGUUGAUGAACAAUGAAACAACAAUACAAUGAAUGCAACAAUGUAAGUUGAACAACGACACUAUUUAUUCGAUAUUUGGAUGGAUCUUUCGUCCCUAUCCGAUUGCUGUGAUGUUUUACUUGAGCCCAGUUUAGUGGUUUCUCCCUUGUUCAUGUGAAGACGAGCUGUACGAGGCACAAUACAGCUAAUACACAAAGACUAUAUGUGUUUUAAAAUAUGUGUACUGAUUAUGUAUAUCUGCAGGGAAAUCUCUGUAGCGUCAAACUUCAAACAUCUACAGUAGCUGGCACGUGAUUCACUGGAUAUUGGUCAUUCUGUCACUGAUGGCAUAAACUGGAACAUUGUUGCACCAUAUUGUGUAAAAUCGCUGCCAUUUUUUUGGUUUAGUUCUGUGAAACAACAGUUCACAGUAAUCCCUCGAGGUGUCAGUAAUGUUAUAUUGAUGAGACCAUUGAUUGGCACUUUUGUAUCCUAGUAUUCAUAUCAGUCCAGAAUUGAUGCCGCUGAGAUUAUUAUUCUUAGAUUAUCAGAUGAGAUUAUUUUCUUGGUCAUAGUUUUAGAAAACAAUGUUGCUAAGUUAAAAUCUCUGCUUUAAAUGUAUGUAAAAUAUACUAUAUUGUAAUAGUAAUAAUUAUAAUAAAUUGUAGUAAUAAUUGAUAAUAAUGUAAAUACAAAGUGGUUUGGUUGCUGCAUGUAUUGAUCCAGCAGAGGGCGCUAUCUCACUCGUCAAUCCACUCAACAUUUUCCAGCAGGAAGAUGCUCUGACAAAAUGUGAUGUUUUAACUGUGUACAGAAUUUGUUCUUAAUGUGUAAAGCUUGAAUGGCAAAUGCUAACUGUGAGAGGCGUAUUGUGGCGUUUAGAGUAUCAAAAAUAUGGACUUUUUUCCCCCUGAUUUUUACGAGUAUAUUCAUUAUUAGCCAUUUUCACCUUUCACACGGAUAUAGUCUACAUCCUCAUUGCGAACCAAUGCAGUAAAAUUCACAGUUGCGCUGGUCACCUUUGAGAGAAAAGGCGCAUGCUUCUUUUUGUGUGUAAUUUCUAUGCAUUUUCUAACUAAAUGCAGAGUACUGUUGUGAUGAAUGUGUACAUUUCAAAGGGAGAUGCUCUGAUAAAGACAAGAAGCAGCUAUAUUUACAGUAUUUUCAAUGCACUUCAACAGCUAUUUAUGGAUCAUUCAUGUUGUUAAUGCUCUUUGUAAUUCCACUAUUUUGUUGGCACUGGUAGCCAAAAUCCUAAAGUCUUCCUGCAAUAAACAAAGUUGCAUACAC